AUGCCGCCCCUGCUGCUGAACACCCGCGUCUCGCUGGGGGAGCUGGUGGACCUGGCCAUCGGCACCCCGGAGGUGGGCGCCGUCAACUUCACGGCGAUGCACACGCUGCUCAUAUCCCUGCUGAAGACGCUCAACCUCCAGGACACCACCAUCGACUACCAGCCGGUGAUUACGGAGCGCGGCCUGCCCGAGAAGCUGGCGGCCGCCCCGCCGCCGCGGCCGCCGCCGCCCCGGGAGAAGGAGCGGCGCCGCAGCAGCCUGGGCAAGACCGCCUCGCAGGCCCAGGCGCUCGAGAGCCAGGUGAAGGACCUGGGCGGCCAGGUGAACGACCUGGGCGGCCAGGUGAGCGACCUCAACAAGCAGAUGAAGACCAUGGACACGAAGGUGCAGGGCAUCGUGACGCACGUGGAGCUCUUCACCUCCCAGGCCGGCGGGCUGGACCAGGAGUACCGCGCGGGGGAGGAAGACAUGAUGGUAUCGGCAGAGCCAUGGAGAAGGAAGGGCCAGGAAGGCCUCGAGGAGACCGCCUCGGCCACCCUCAUAACCAGCGCCCAAGGGCCGGGGAAAAGGGCCCCCAAGAUGCGACCUGAGGACAUAGCCAAAGGCCCCCAGGCCAAGUUCUGGUCGGGCCCUAAAGACUUAAAGGAAUAUACCCCAGAGGAGACCCAAGAGCUGCUCCAGGACCUCAUGGAAGAAGUAAAAACGCUGAAAGAUGCUCAGCAAAAGGUACAGGAAUUGCCGGCAUUGCAGCCCCUGGAACUCCUCCAGCGCAUUGAGAAAAUGGAGAGGCUACUCAGGGAUCGGGAUGAAAUCCUGGAACAAAUAGGCCUGAAGCUAAAUUCUCUUACCCGAGGAGAUGAGGUCACCAUGGUCACCUGGGAAGACCUGGAGCAAGCUAUCACCGAUGGCUGGAAGACUUCGCAAAUGGGCUCAGAACUAUCCGCAGAUUCUAGUAAGCGCAUGGAUAGUUCUGCUGGACUCCCUGGCAAGGGCACAAGUGCUGACCAGGCCGCAGAUGCUGCUGGUGCCCCGCAUCGCCCCCCUGAAAAAACUCUGAGCAAACAGUUGGGCAAACCUUCCUCUACUGCACUUCCUGGCAGAGAACAACUGCGGGCCCAAGAGGAAGCUGGUGGUCCCAAAUCCCAGCCACCUCCUGCAUCCCAGGCUGAUCGUCGCAAGGCUCGAGAACCAUCCUCUGCCACACAUUUAAGACGAGAUGAACGAGAUGCAGGUCCUGGCCUGAGUCAACAGGACUUAUCCUCAGCCAGCCAGCAGCAGCCUUAUGCACAACCAGACCAGCAAGCGGGGGUGCCCAUUGGUCCGGGUCAAGUCUACCAAAGGCCAGAUCAGCCCAGAUUAGGGUUACCUACCAUAGGUCAGCUGGGAAGGCCACGUGCUGGUGUCAUCCGCCCACAACGUGUGCCGCCCCAAACUCUGGGUCACCCUGGUAUGCAAGCACCUCGAAUGGGUGCUCAGGGAUUGGUUACACCUGGCAUGGAUCAGAUUGGCAUGAUGCCAUCAAUGGUACCUGGCAGAGAUCAACAAGGCUUGCAGCUUCCUGGUACAGACCAGUUUGAUAUGGCUUCCUUCGGUACAUAUCAACCUGGUGUGAUAUAUCCUGACAUGGACCAACAAGCUGUCAUGCAGGAAAGUGGGAUGGGAGUACCCGGAAUGGACCAGUCUGGGUUGAUACCAAUUGGCGUUGAUCAGAAUGGAUUUGUAAUAUAUGGCACAACUGAGCAAGGACUGGUCCCCCCUGGCAUAGAUCAAUAUGGACAGCCUCUACCUCUUACAGAUCAGUAUGCUUUUAUGCCACCUGGCUUGAUGCCCAUUGGUGUGGACCAACAAGGUUUUAUACAGCCCAGUUUGGGAGCCUCUGGCUUUAUACAGCCUGGCACAGAGCAGGGUGAUUUAGUGCAGGCUGGUGAAGAUCAAGGUGGUUUAGUGCAGCCUGGCACAGCUCAGCCAGGCUUGAUGCCACCUGGUGCUGUUCCACGUGGUUUGGUCCAGCCUGGUGCAGUUCCUUAUGGUUUGGCACAGCCUGGUGCAGUUCAGCGUGGUUUGGCACAGUCUGGCACAGUUUCACGUGGUUUGGUGCAGCCUGGUGCACAGCAGUUUGGAGUGGUGCAGCCUGGUACAGUUCCACAUGGUUUGGUGCAGCCUGGUGCAGUCCCACGUGGUCCAUUGCAGCCCGGUGCAGAGCAGCUUGGUGUGGGGCAACCUGGUGCAGAACAGCUUGGUUUGGUGCAGCCUGGUGCAGUUCCACAUGGUCUGGUGCAGCCCGGUGCAGAGCAGCUUGGCGUGGGGCAGCCUGGAGCAGAGCAGCUUGGUUUGGUGCAGCCCGGUGCAGAGCAGCUUGGUGUGGGGCAGCCUGGUGGAGAACAGCUUGGCGGGGGGCAGCCUGGUGCAGGUCCACGUGGUAUGGUGCAGCCUGGUGCAGGUCCACGUGGUAUGGUGCAGCCUGGUGCAGGUCCACGUGGUAUGGUGCAGCCUGGUGCAGGUCCACGUGGCAUGGUGCAGCCUGGUGCAGGUCCACGUGGCCUGGUGCAGCCUGGUGCAGUUCCGCAGGGUUUGGUGCAGCCCGGGGCAGUUCCGCAGGAUUUGGUGCAGCCUGGUGCUAUUCCACAGGGUUUUGUGCAGCCCGGGGCUGUUCCACGGGGUUUGGUGCAGCCCCGUGCAGUUCCGCGGGGUUUUGUGCAGCCUGGGGCAGUUCCACAGGGUUUGGUGCAGCCUGGGGCAGUUCCGGGGGGUUUGGUGCAGCCCGGGGCAGAUCAGCUUGGUUUGGUACAACCUGGUACAGUUCAGCGUGGCUUGGUGCAGCCCGGUGCAGGUCAGCAAGGUUUGGUACAACCUGGUACAGUUCAGCGUGGCUUGGUACAGCCCGGUGCAGGUCAGCAAGGUUUGGUACAACCUGGUACAGUUCAGCGUGGCUUGGUACAGCCCGGUGCAGGUCAGCAAGGUUUGGUACAACCUGGUACAGUUCAGCGUGGCUUGGUACAGCCCGGUGCAGGUCAGCAAGGUUUGGUACAACCUGGUACGGUUCAGCAUGGUUUGGUACAGUCCGGUACAUAUCCAUCUGGAUUGGUGCAACCUGGUAUAGAUCAGGCUGGAUUUGUCUACCCUGAAAUGGAUCAGUAUGGUCUGUCUCAACCUGGGGCAGUUCCUAGUGGCUUGGUGCAACCAGAUGCAUAUUCACCUGAAAUGAUGCAGCCUGGUGUGUAUCCACCUGGUUUGGUAUAUCCUGGUACAGAUCCACGUAGCUGGGUCCAACCUGGCGGCAACCAGAUUUGUAUCCUGUGGGUGAGCUUAAUUGGACACAACCUGACCUCAGUCAACGUGGUUUGGCGCAACCUGGUGCAGAUGAAAUGCCACCUGGUGAAGCUCAGCCUGGUUUGGUACCACCUGAUGCAGUUCAGCCUGGUUUGGUACCACCUGGUGCAACUAGGCCUGGUUUGGUGCCACCUGGUGCAGCUCCGCCUGCUCGGCCUGGUAUGGUGCCACCUGGUGCAGCUAGGCCUGGUAUGCUGCCACCUGAUGCAGCUCAGCCUGGUAUGGUGCCAUCUGAUGCAGCUCAGCCUGGUAUGGUGCCACCUGGUGCAGCUUGGCCUGGUUUGGUACCACCUGGUGCAAUCCAGACUGGUUUGGUGCCAGUUAUGUAUCCUCAUGGUAUGGUACCACCUGGUCCAGAUCAGCAUGGUUUGGUGCAACCAGGUGCAGAUCAGCCUGGUUUGGUGCAACCAGGUAUGUAUCCUUAUGGUAUGGUACCACCUGGUGCAGCUCAGCCUGAUAUGGUCCCACCUGGUGCAGCUCAGCGUGGUUUGGUGCAACAAGGUAUGUAUCCACAUGGUUUGGUACCACCUGGUGAAGCUCAGCCUGGUACAGUACCACCUGGUGCAGCUCAGCGUGGUUUGGUGCCACCAGGUAUGUAUCCACGUGGUAUGGUACCACCUUAUGCAGCUCAGCAUGGUUUGGUGCCACCAGGCAUGUAUCCACGUGGAAUGCUACCACCUGGUGCAGCUCAGCGUGGUUUGGUGCCACCUGGUGCAGCUCAGCCUGGCACAUAUGCCUCCUUUGUCCCCAUACGGUGCAUAUCCACCAGCUUUCACAGAGACUGAUCAGCAAGCCCAAGUCCAAGCUGGACUUCCAUACUGGAUGAUCCCCAGCCCAGAGGCCACCACCUUCAGGAGUCGGGAUUCACUUAGCUAUCUCCAGCGACGCUCGUCAGAAAGGAUGGAAGGCCGCAGUGACCGCCAGGAAUCACUGGACAAGCUAGCUCCUUCCUUCCCCAUGGCAGUGGAGACAUUUCGUCUCUUGGGAGAACUCAUUAGCCUCUAUUCAGAGUUGAAGGAAAAUAUGAAGGAUAUGAAGGAAGAAGCUGGCCUAUCAGAAAUGGAGAAGCUCCAGCUCAUGAUCAAUAUGAUGGUCAAAAAGUCACUACCGGAUGACCUUCAGGACCAGCUGAAGUACAUAAAGACCUUGGCCAAAGAAGUUCGACAAGAUAGGAUAAAACUGGACAAGCUGCAGAGGUUUAUGAAAGGCGACGGCAUGGGCAUGGCGGAUGGAACAAAGGAGGUGAAGACAGGCCCGCUAGGCUUGCAGCUGGGCAUUCUCAGAGUCACCGUGAGUGACAUUGAGAAGGAGCUGGCUGAGCUGAGAGAGAGCCAAGAUCGAGGGAAGGCCAUCAUGGAGAAUUCGGUCUCAGAAGCUUCCCUUUACCUGCAGGAGCAGUUAGACAAACUGAGGACAAUCAUCGAGAGCAUGCUGGCCUCCUCCUCCACGCUGCUGUCCAUGAGCAUAACCCCGGAGAAGCUCCACACCCCCAUGAUGCCUGGCCACAUGAACCUGGAGGCCACGUGCCCAGCCUGCAGCCUGGACGUAAGCCACCAGGUCAGCCUGCUGGUGCAGCGCUACGAGCAGCUGCAGGACAUGGUGAACAGCCUGGCCGCCUCCCGGCCCUCCAAGAAGGCCAAACUUCAGAGCCAGGACGAGGAGCUGCUGGGCCAUGUACAGAGCGCCAUCCUGCAAGUCCAGGGUGACUGCGAGAAGCUCAACAUCACCACCAGCAACCUCAUCGAGGACCAUCGGCAGAAACAGAAGGAGAUUGACGAGCUGUAUCAGGGCAUUCAGAAGCUGGAGAAAGAAAAGGCCAACAGGGAAAGUCUAGAGAUGGAGAUCGAUGUUAAAGCUGACAAGAGUGCCCUGGCCUCCAAAGUGAGCCGUAUCCAGUUUGAUGCCACCACAGAGCAGCUAAACCACAUGAUGCAGGAACUGGUGGCCAAGAUGAGUGGCAAGGAGCAGGACUGGCAGCGGAUGCUGGACAAGCUCCUUGCUGAGAUGGACAACAAACUGGACCGCCUGGAGCUGGACCCGGUGAAGCAAUCCCUGGAGGACCGGUGGAAAUCUCUGCGGCAGCAGCUCCGAGAGCGCCCUCCACUCUACCAGUCAGAUGAGGCAGCCAUCAUGCGGAGGCAGCUCCUGGCUCAUUUCCACUGCCUCUCCUGUGACCGUCCCUUGGAAACACCUGUGACCGGACAAACCAUUCCUGUGACCCCUGUGGGUCCAAGCCUGCCCAGACACCGGUCCCUCCGCCCCUAUACAGUGUAUGAGCUGGAGCAGAUCCGCCAGCAGAGUCGCAACCUCAAAUUGGGUGCCCCCUUUGCCCGGGGUGACCAGAUGGACCGGAGUGUGGGGCGCCUGCGUACCAUGCACUCCAAGAUGCUGAUGGACAUCGAGAAGGUGCAGAUCCACUUCGGAGGCUCCGUGAAGGCCAGCAGCCAGAUGAUCCGGGAGCUGAUGCAGGCCCGGUGCCUCAACCGCCCCUGCUACAAACGGGUGCCAGAUUCGGACUACACCUAUUCAACCAUACCCAGGCGCUGUGGGGGCAGCCACACAAUCACCUCCCCAUACCGCCGCAGCCGUCUGCAGCACCUGCAGGGCCUGAUUCCCCAUGAGGACAUCCAGAUUGCCAUGAAGCAUGACGAGGUAGACAUCUUGGGCCUGGAUGGACAUAUCUACAAGGGACGGAUGGACAUGAAGCUGCCUGACAUCCUGACCAAAGACAAUAGUUUCUCCAAGACCCAGCUGUCCAGCCUCAGCCCAUUGCCUGCCUCGGGGAUGACAAAGCACAAGUCCAGGCUGUCCCGGGCCCACAUCUCCAGGCAGCUGUCCCUCGGCAGCAAUGGCCAGCUGUUCUCUCGGCCUCACAGCGCUCAGAUGUCCCCUGACAACUCAGGUAGGAAGCUUCCUGCUGGAUGGAUUGUCCUUCUGGGAAGCCUGGCUAAGAACCAGAGCCUGCAGGCCAUCUUUUCAUUCCUGAAUUCAGUGAGGGCCUGUGAGUCUUCUUUGAAGCAACAGGAGGAAGCCUCUGAGGGGCGUUCCUCCCAGGGGGGCUUCCGGGAGACAGAAAGCCUGCCCGAGGCCCUCCAGGGAAGGGCUGCAAGUUUAGGCAAGCCUCUCGCAGACGAAGAAGAGGAUGAGGAGCCCACCCGGGGGCCCAGGUCAUCUGCCCGGACUCUGUGA